AUGGAAAAUAUGCAAAAAGAAUUGACGAAAAAGAUUGUAAACGAAUGUAAAGUGAAAGAAACACCAGUAACUAAGGAUCUGGCUUCGUUUUUGCUUUCCCUGUAUCAAUUAAAUCCAAUAUAUCGAAUAAAAGAAAACGAUGAGGAGAACAAUGCGAGAGUAAUCCAAGCGAUAGUGGAGAGGCUAUGUGACCAAAGCAAACCCAGUCUGGUAACUCUGAAAAAUCAGCUGUAUUUUAUCAAGCAUUAUAAUGAUAGAGAUGAAACUGUCAAAAAGCAUCGAUUACGACUGCAUCAAAAGACUGGACCUCUGGUUGCCGAAAUUUGCGAGACUACUAAAUUGGAAAAUGAGAAAGAUACGGAAAGAUAUUAUCAGAAAAUAAUGGCAGUGAUAACGCUGCUAAGCGGUCUCGGAAGUCCUACAGUCCCCUCGGUUCUAAGAGAGGUUUCGUUAGCGAUGCGGAGCGUCGUGAAUAUUUCUGAAUUGCCAAAUUUUGUAAGUUUCUCAAAAUCGGAAAAAGAGGAACAGUUGAUGGAGUUGAUGUGCAUAAUCGCCGGAAUCCGUUUGUUUAACAGAGAUCGUCAACGCGGCGGCGAAGGAAUCGACGAUCUGCCCAGCAUCCUACAAGAGGCUUUAACGAAGACCCGUAAUUCUAUUCUUGAAAUAUUAGAGCCACUAAUGGCCAAGAUAUAUAAAUUUACGGCUAUCGUGGAAAACGCGAUUACGAAAAAGACGACGUAUGAUCUGGAAGAACACAUUAAGUGGGCUGUUGAGAUGUUAACGGCUUGUCGUCAGCAAGAGAUCUACAUUCGAAAGCUGUUGAGCGACGUGGAGCAAAGCGAGAACGCAGUGAACACUCUGACGGAUCGUUUUCAGAAGCGGCUCUCCAAACUGUACGAUACUGUUCGGUACAAAACGGCUAUUCCCACGGAUGAAAUUUACCCACAAUUUAUUGAUCUAGCGGAUAUAUGGAUGGGUUUGCAAGAUGAGAGGAUCAUUUUGAACAGCAUUAAUAAUUUCCUUUGGGAAUUACAGACUUUGAGUAAUAAGAUUGUAAAUACCUACGAUCAAAAGCUGGAUGACAUAGCUCAGAAUAUGGAUAUUCUGACUGAUGCUGAAAGAUUGGAACAGUCUAUGGGCAAUUUAAUAACGGAAUGUGGAAAAUGUUUAAUAUAUUAUCCAAAUGUCACGAAGGAUUUUGACAAGAUUAAUUUAGAGUUUCUAGGAUUUUGUGCAUGGACAUUCGCCACGGCCAAAGGAGCUUUAAUACCGGGAAAUCCAAACAAUGGUGUGGCAAAAUGGCGAGAAAAAUUUUACGCUUUCAAAUCGCCCGAAGCGGCAGCUAAAUUCGGAAAAAAUCCCGACAGGUAUAUUUACGAGGCGCUCAAUUUUAUACGCAAUCAUCCGGAAUAUAUACAUCUGUUUCAAUUGCACGAAGAAAUUGAAACCAUGGAAAGUCGAGAAGAAAUCAUGGAGAUAGGAUUGCAAUUAAAAGUCCGUCAUGAUCAAAAGAUUCAAACGGACGUUCACAUAUUACCGCCUUAUAUUGAUAAAACGUAUACGUCCAAUGUUUGGGAACUGAGACAAAGAGCUUUGCACUUGGCAAACAUAAGUCGUUGCGUUACUCGUAGUACGCAGACAUUCAACAUACAUGGUGUUUACGUACAAGUGAAUCCGCCUCGGGAUAAGGAAGUUCAAACUAGAAGAGAUAACUAUACAAACACAAAGAAUCUCAAAACGUUCAUAUUUGGCUUGCGGGGCAGACGGGAUGACAAUCAACAUGUUGUAUCGUUUUUGGAAGAGGAGCUUGAACACUUAUAAAAAAAAUUUAGUAAAAAGUCGUUCAAUUUCUUAGAUAAUUAUGCAAUCUUGUAUACAUAUAAAUAAAUAUUUUAAUGAGUGACCCACACUAAUCACAGAACAAAAAAUAUAAAUAUUGUUAAAAAUAUAUUUUAAUAGAAUUACAUAUUUACAGCAUCGUAAAUAAUCAAUAAUACAUGCGAUUACAUUUAUUUAGAACAUUAUUAAAGGAUUAUAUCGGAUAAUGUUCAGAGGAAAUACCAGGAAAUAAUUGAAAUAAAUUACACGCAAGACGCAAUUUAAAAAAAAAAUGAAAGCAAUACUCUUUUUAAUGACAUUUCCAAAUACAUUUCACGGAACAUUACAGCUUAAACCAUUUUUUUUUUCUUUUUAGAAAACACAAUAUUAGGAUUAUAAUUUAUUAUUCCGUGCGCACAUGUUUUC